CGUCAAAGGCGUAGUGCCGAACCCUUCUGACUGCUAUGAUGUAAGGAAACCUUAGGAACAGAAGGCUGUCGCAGUGCAUCCUAAGACCUAUUUCACUGGCUUCGAGGGUACCGCUCAGGACACGCCAAGCCCUCUAGCGUUAGGAUUCGCUGUCAACACAUCAGCACGUGUAGCAUAGCAUCGUACCACAUUGUUACUGCGUUUUGCUCCGAAGUUCUUUUUCCCAACGUGAAAUUUGAGUAUGUCUUCCUGCAGCGCCUCAGCGCUGCUUCAGAGUAGCACCCUCCACAAUCCUAUUAUCCAGAAUUGUCCCUCUAGGAAUCCCACAGGAGACAUCAACUCCAGUUUACCCGCGGUAGCGAGUCAGAUCGCAUGGAGCCGCGCGGGAGUAUGGAGCCACGGAUCGGCGACUUUACGGUCGUCGCGUCGUCAACAGGGACGCGGUAUAGGCAGCUCCGGUUGUGGUCCCAGCGUGAGGCGAGAACAGCAGCGUAGGGGAUCCGUGGGUGUCCGGGCCGCCGUGAUUUUAGACGACGUUCCGCACAUCUCUGAGUGGAUCCCCGACCUCGAGAUGCACAGCAACCCGCUGCUCCGCAGCCCCAAUCGACCGGCGAACUACUUCGUUGACAGCGAGGAUGUGGUCUGCCAAAAGGCGCUCAUCAAGACGGGCAGUGUGGACGACAUCCGCGUCUUCAGGCGCUCAGGGCCCCGCGAACAGGUGGUAUUCCAGCCUCAGGACGUGCGGGCGGCAAUCGUGACGUGUGGGGGCCUGUGUCCGGGGCUCAACACAGUCAUCCGCGAGCUGGUGUGGGCGCUGUGGUUCCGCUACGGCGUCAGGAGCAUCUUCGGCAUCGAUGGCGGGUACCGCGGCUUCUACAGCCGCAACCUGCUGCAGCUGGACCCGUGGAAGGUGAACGACAUUCACAAGCGCGGAGGAACCUUCCUGGGCACUUCCAGAGGCGGGCAUGACUCCACCAAGAUCGUCAACUCCAUUGAAGACCGCGGCAUCAACCAGCUGUACAUCAUAGGCGGGGAUGGCACACAGCGAGGCGCAGAGAUCAUCUACGAGGAAACCAGGCGGAGGGGACUGAAAGUUGCCGUGGCGGGCAUCCCCAAGACUAUAGACAACGACAUCGCGGUGAUCGACCGGUCGUUUGGGUUUGACACGGCGGUGGAGGAGGCUCAGCGCGCCAUCAGCGCCGCGCGGGUGGAGGUCACCAGUACUCACCGGGGGGUGGGGCUGGUGAAACUCAUGGGGAGGUACUGCGGUCAGAUCGCCAUGCACGCCACUCUGGCCAGCCGAGACGUGGAUUGCUGCCUCAUCCCGGAGGUGCCCUUCCACUUGUCAGGGGAGGGCGGGCUGUUUGAGUUCAUGGAGCGCAAGCUGUAUGAGAACGACCACUGCGUCAUCGUGGUGGCGGAGGGCGCGGGGCAGAGCCUGGUGGCGCAAAGUGUGGAGCAGGGCGGGGCGGGUAAAGACAAGUCGGGCAACGCGCUGCUGCUGGACGUGGGGCUCUGGCUCUCCGACCGCAUCAAGGAGCACUUCAAUGCGGCGAAGAAGAAUGACAUCAGCCUCAAGUACAUCGACCCCACCUACAUGAUCCGCGCCAUCCCCGCCAACGCCAGUGACAACAUCUACUGCACGCUGCUGGCCCACGGGGCGAUCCAUGGCGCCAUGGCUGGCUACUCGGGGUUUGUUGUGGGGCCCGUUAACGGCACGCAGUGCUACAUCCCUGUCAAUCAAGUGACAGCCCCCAAGUCGGUGGCCCUUACCGACCGCAUGUGGGCGCGCCUCCUCUCCUCCACCUCCCAGCCCACCUUCAUGCGCCUCGACCAUUCCGCUGCCGCCACGCCAGCACCCAAGGCAGGUGCCGACGGGGUGCCGGUGAUGCCUGAUGAGGCGCGGCCAGUGGACCAUAAGCACGGGCACAAGGGUGACCUGACGAGGGCAUGGAGUAACCGUACAUGGGCUGCUGCUGCUAGGGACAAGACCGGGAAUAUGAUGGAGCCGUAGUGCACCAUUUAAACCAGUGGUUGGAUUCAGAUAAUGAUUUAGCACACAUCAAGUAGACCGAACUUGGUGGGUGAUGCAUGUGUUUUAAUUAUGGCUUUAAAACUCUGUACCAUAACCAUUGUCGUAUUA